AACAUCUGUCUCUAAUAGAAUUUCUGCUUCUAAAGAAAUGUUGAUUGAAUCAUUAUCAUUGCUUUGGACCAGAUCCCCUAUCUUCUUUACUAAUUUAUUCAUUGAUUAUGAUUGUGAUUUCGAUAGAAGCGACUUGGCUAUAACUGCUUUGGAUUUCUUAUGUAAACUUUCGUUACCGGAAUCAGCAUUAUACACUACAGAUAACGUUCCACCAAUUUGUUUGGAAGGAGUUUUGUCAUUCAUUGGAGGCAUAAAUGAUAGAAUCAAACUCUUAUCUGCUCAAAAAGACUCUGGUGAUAUUGAUACUCAUCUGUUGAUCAUGGAUAAGAAUCAAAAAACAUCCUUUGUCAAAUCUACUGAAAUCAUGAAUAAAAACCCAAAAGAAGGUAUUAAAGAAUUAGCUAAAAGAGGUUUCAUCACUGACGAGAAAGAUGUUAAAGAGCUUGCUAAAUUUUUCUUCACUAAGUCUGUAAGACUUAACAAAAAGAUUUUGGGUGAAUUCUUAACCAAACAAUCAAAUGCUGAGUUAUUAAAGGAGUUUAUAAAUUUGUUUGAAUUCUCCGACUUACGAGUAGAUGAAGCUCUUAGAAUAUUAUUGAAAGCUUUCAGAUUACCGGGUGAAUCUCAGCAAAUUGAAAGAGUCGUUGAGUUGUUUGCUGAAAGAUAUGUAAAUUGUCAACAUCCUGCUGAAGAAUCAGAUAAAAUCUCACAAAAGAAGGAAGACGAGGCCAAUGAAGAUGAGAAAGCAAAAGAAGAAGAAGAAGCAGCAGCAGAAGAAGAAGAGCUAGAACCAGUCAGGCCUGAUGCUGAUGCCGUAUUCAUCUUAUCCUAUUCAGUAAUCAUGUUAAAUACCGACUUACACAACCCUCAAGUUAAAAGCCAUAUGACCUUAGAUUCAUACAAGAAGAACUUAAGAGGAAUUUAUUACGGUAAAGAUUUCCCAACUUGGUAUUUAUCAAAAAUUUACUAUUCCAUUAGAGAUCGUGAAAUAAUCAUGCCCGAAGAACACCACGGUACCGAUAAAUGGUUUGACGACGCUUGGCAUAAUUUGAUUUCCUCGCAAGCUUCUGUAAUUGGCUCUGAAGCAAAUAGCGAUUACAAUCAAAAGCAGUUUGGAAUUGGCCAUAUUUGCCAAUUCGACAGAGUCUUAUUCGAGUCCAUAGUUGAUCGCUUGAUUGAUACAUUGAUCAGUGUUUUCAAAGAGGCUACAGAUGACCAUGUCAUAACCAGAUUAAUGUCCUCGAUAGACAAAUGUGCCAAUAUUUGUAUUUAUUACAACCUAAGCUCAUCCGUUGAUAAAUUGAUUGGACUUUUGGCGGACUUGACUUCAUUGACUAACACAACAGAAAGCCCUAUAAUCUCAGAUGACGGUCCUAGGGAUGAAAUUCCAAUAACUCAAAUAAAGAUUGAAAAUAAAGAGGACGCUAUAACUGUUAGUGAAAUGGCGGUUUGGUUUGGAAGAGAUUUUAAAGCUCAAUUAUCAACAGUUGUUUUAUUUAGAUUGAUCAAAAAGACAGAUUGUAAAGUCACUGAUUCUUGGGACAAGGUGCUUAAAAUUAUUUUGAACUUAUUUGAGAAUUGUUUAAUAAACCCUAACUUAUUUAGUGAUUUCCAAAAGAAGGUAAAACUAAAUCCAUUACCAAAAGUAAAACCUCGUUACAUUAUUAACAGAAGUAAAGCAAUGAAGGAUUCUGGUAUUUUAUCUACUUUUUCGUCAUUUUUGAAAGGUUACUCUGAUGAACCUCCUGAGCCAUCAGAUCAAGAAGUGGAAUCUACGCUUUCAGCUAUUGACUGCGUUAGAUCAGUGAAUGUUCCAUCUAUCUUUGAGAACAUCUCCCGUGGCUCGCCUACAGACUUGAAAUUGUUUCUUCAAAAACUUUUGAAAUCCUUACCUGAGUUUUCAGAUAAAAGUAAGAGAUAUUUCGAAACUGAAACUUUAUUUAUAUAUGAAGUUGCAGUAUGUUUUUGUUUAUUAUUAAAAGAUUUUGAGACGACUAGUCUUGUAGCAAAUUCCAUUGCUUCUGCCUUGAACGUUUCCGAAAUUUCCAAAAAAACAAUGUUGAGGUUAAGUGCAUAUUUAUUCAUUACCUUGAGACAUGGUGAAGAGACUAAGGAUGAUGUUGCCCAAAAAGUUUUGAGAAGUCUUGUAUUACAAGACAAGGAAUUAUCAUCAAAACAUGGAGCUCAAUUAGUUCAACCAUUAAUUUCUCUAGUUGAUGAUGACUCACCUUAUUGUAAAGUUUUACUUAAUAACGAUGAUUAUUGGAAACUUAUGAGAACAUUUGGAUCAAACCCUACUCAUGCCCAUGAAAUACUUCCUUUUGUUGACGGAAUAAUUAAAUCUUCACCCAAUGACAUUACACCAACGAACUAUAUGUUAAUAUUGGGUUUGUUGGAUGAAGUUUCCUCUUUAGGAGCCAUUGGUUCUCAAUGGGAACAAGAGAGUGAACAAUUAGCGGGCUCAGGCCAGAAAGUUCCUGAAAGCGCCGACAACGUUUACUUCAAAGAUUUAGUUGAAAUCUCCAAAAAAUCAAUUGGCUUGACCUCUGAACUUGCCUCUGUGGUAACAAGAAAAGACUUUGAAGGAAAAGAACUCUCAUACUCUUUAGUUCAAGCUUUGGCGCAUCAAUGUUUCAACCCAUGCAGAGAAAUAAGAUCGUUUGCCAUUAAAACAUUGCAGGCUACUGUUUUGUCCACCGAGAUCAGUGACGAAUUCACUGCUUUUGGUAUAUUUGAGUACGGUUUAUUCCCACUUUUAACAGAGUUAUCUAAACAUGAUGUGUUACAAACUGAUAUCAAGGGUUUCAUGUCCACUCAAUUCGAAGCCUUAUCUCUUAUUAGUAGAGUAUUUUUGAAUUACCACACUAAAUUUGUUGAACAACAAACUGACCGUGCCUGGUUGACAAUUCUUGACAAUUUCAUCAUAUUCAACGAUCUUGGUGAGAAGUACAACAAAUCCAAUAAUCUUAUCAAAGAGUCAGGAAUAGAAUUAGUCAAGAACAUGGUGUUAGUGUUGCAAAAUGGCAAGAUACUUACUGAGGAGAACAAUGAUUUGUGGAACUCAUCCUGGGAAAAGAUCGAUACGUUGUAUCCAUCGUUGAAAAACGAAAUCGCUGGCUCAAACGAUAAGGGUCCAGUUGAGGACAAUACGACUAAGAGUGAUAAAGGUGAAAAAGAGCAAACUGUCGAACCGGAAGAAACCGAAGUAGAUUGAUAACUAGGCUGGUCCUGUCGCUACAAAGCGAAUUCAUUUGUAUAAUUUGUAUAGAUAUAGACAGCGUUGUAUAAUACCAUUCUUAAGUAUC